UGGAAGCGAUCUUUGCUGGCAGUGACGUCACUUCUUUAGCCUAGCAGUUAGCAUCCAGUGACGCUCACAAGCUUCUCCUGUAAAUAUUAUGGUUUAAAAAAAAUCAUGCGGGUUAUUGUCUCGACAUUUUGUGGAAAGCCACGCCGCGGUGUGACUAUUUAAUUCGGAUAGUUUUGUGUUAAAAAACAAACAAAACAAAAAAGCCGCGUGGCUAGCUAGCUUGCUAACAAGAUGUUCGCCGAGCUGAACAGCAUCCUGAACAUCAGCCCAGACAACUUGACCACGGAAGAGUUUGUGCUGCUGUCUGACAGGCGGAGUGACGCUUCUUUCCUCGUCCAUCACUUCCUGGGGUUCUAUCUGAGAGCAGGUUGUAAAGUGUGUGUUGUGGGUCUGGCCCAGUCGUGGGGUCACUACAGUGCAGUGAGUCAGAGAUUGGGCGUCAGUCUGUCUCAGGCAAAGGACAAAGGUCAGCUGGUGUUCCUGGAGGGACUCAAAGAAUCUUUGACCAUCCUGAGUCCAAGUCCACAAGUCCAAACAGGAAGUGAAGCCAUGGACUUCCUCAGGAAUCCCGCUGCUGGUCUUCGUAGUCUCUUCCAGUUUGUGAACUCCAGCCUCAGUCCAGGAGGGGCCGGGGCGGGCUGGGGACCCCCCGUGCUGCUGGUGGACGACCUCAGCGUGCUGCUGAGCCUGGGCGUGGGCGUGGAUGCCGUGCUGGACUUCAGCCACUACUGCAGGGCCGCCGUGUGCUCCCGGCUGAAGGGUAACAUGGUGAUGCUGCUGCGCUGCGACGGAGAAGAAGACGAGGAAGAUGGCGGCUCGGAGCGGCUGCUGAAGGGUUUGACUCAUCAGUGUAGCCUGGCUCUCCACGUACAGGGUCUCCCGACUGGCUACUGCAGGGACAUCCACGGUCAGGUGGAGGUGUGUGACAGAAGGAGAAACGCACAAAAGAAGACAUUUCACUACAAAGUCCAGGACAGAGCAGCCUCAUUCUUCCCCCCAGGGACGUCCAGCGCUGUCCUCUAGUCGCCGCACGUCCAAACAUUUGUUCUGUGAGACUGACCAGCGUGCCAGCAGGACUGAUUAGGCGCCACAUCGUCGUCUUCUCAUAGCGUCCAAGACUUCAUUCGUCCCCCAUUUUGUCCGUGUUCCCUGAGGCUUUGUUUGUUUGUCCUCUUGACUUCUGGAUCCUGCAGGCCGACACACAGAAACUCAACUAUGCUGACAUGGAUCGUUGAGUAGUAACAGCACUUUUUCAUGAAUACAUACUUGUGUGUUUGAAAA